AUGUCGCACAUCGAAGACGUCCAGAAAUGGCUCGAGGAGGUGAUGUCAGAACUUAUUCAGAAUCUUAAAUUGAACAAAGCUCGAUACGAAAUAUCCGAAUCCGUUGACUAUACUAUGUCUACUUUGUAUUACAUAAACAUAAAGUACAAGAAUAGGACCAACGGAGAAAUCGAAGAACUCCCUGUGGUAUUGAAAAGUCUCAAUCAAUCGAAAUUUAUACCUAGACGGUUGAAUCAACUCGACCGUCAGAUCCAUAACGAGAUCCUGUUUUACCAGACGUACGCACAGUCCAAUGAUCAUUUUGUGAAAUGUUUAUAUGCCGAUGAACGAUCGCCUUGCGAAGUGAUCGUUCUGGAGAAUGGCUGCAAACGAGGCUACUCCUCUUGUCCAUAUAGUUACGACGUUCCUCUGGAAUACACGUUGGCGGCGUUUCGUGAGAUGGGACGAUUCCACGGCAAAGGAUACGUUAUGAAGGAGCUACAGCCAGAAAAGUUCUUCGAUAUUGUGAAACGCAUUCAAGAAAUUAGAUACGAGACGAGAUACAAAGAUACGGAUACGUACAAAGAUUUCGUCAACAUAAUUACGCCGCGAGCGGUGGAAUAUCUUCGCAGACACGGCCACGAUGCAGUUUUUUGUGACAAAAUGGAAGCUCUACUCUCGAACGCGUUUGACGGGGUGAUGCUGAAAGUAUCAAAGCCACUGGAACCGUUGUCGACCUUGUGCCACGGCGAUUUCACAGCGAGCAACGUUCUGUUCAGGAAGGAAAGUGAUGGACAAUAUCGCGCAAUACUGAUCGACUUUGCGCAUUUUAGAUACGCGACUCCAGUAGUUGAUCUUUCCACAUACCUUUGUUUGUGCUGCUCGAAUGAAUUGAGAAAAGGCAAAUUUUCCGAAAUAAUGCGAGCUUAUCAUAACGCCUUAAAAGAAUAUUUGCUAGAGGCUGGUAUUUGGGAUAUUGAGAAAUACUCAUACGAAGUUCUGUUGGACAAUUUUAAGAAAGGUGCUCUUUUCGGUUUUGCCAUUGCAUCCUUUUUUUUAGGUGUGUUAACUGGACAUUCAGAUAGAACUGGUUCAGAAAUAAUAAAACUGGAAUAUGUAGAAAGAGCGAAACUGAUGAAGCAGUAUGGCGGUGAUGAAAUAUCCAAGAUACUAGCUGACAUGUUGUUACAUUUAAGAGAUCUCGGUUGUUUAAAACAUUUUUAAUAAUUGUAUUAUUUCAAAAUACGUAAAUUACUAUCAUUUAAUAAUUA